CACACCAGCAUCCUCACUCCAAAACCUAGCUAGCUAGCCGCUGUCAAUUGUAGCUAGCUAGCUAGAGGCAUAAUCUCUCCUUGAUUGCUUCCUCACACUGCUAUAACAAUCCCUGCGCCUUUGUAGUAGCGAGUAUGAAGAAGAAUUGUUGCAUUGUGAAGCUGGUUUGCGUGGUCGUCGGUCUGGCCGCCACCGUGUGCUCGUCGGCGGCGGCCGCCGGGCAGCUAGUGAACGCCGUGUACGUGUUCGGGGACUCGCUCGUCGACGUCGGCAACAACGACUACCUGCCGGCACCGGCGCCCAGGGCGCGUUCCCCCUACGGCUAUGACCUUCCCGGCAGACCCACCGGACGCUUCACCAACGGCUACAACCUCGCCGACAUCAUCUCACAACGUCUGGGAUUUGAGAAGAGCCCCCUGGCCUACAAAUCCAUGCUGCUGCACGAGAAAUUUCUCCUGGUGACGUGCAACAUCGGUGCCAACUACGCCUCCGGUGGAUCCGGCAUCCUCGACACCACCGGAAACGGGACGUUGACGAUGUCGACGCAAAUCAAGUACUUCAAGAGAGCCGUGGACAAGAUGGUCUGCCUGCCAAGCAAGGAGGCCAUGCUAUCCCAGUCCUUGUUCCUCCUCAGCGCCGGCGGCAACGACUUCUCGGCCUUCACCGGCUCCAUCAACGAAGCCCCUGCCUACAUCGCCAACCUGGUCUCCACCUACAUCAAACACAUCCAGUCCUUGUACAAUCUUGGGGCACGGAUGGUGGGGAUCCUGGACGUGGCGCCGAUCGGGUGCACGCCGGGGCAGAGAGCCGGCAUGCCCGACGGCGAGUGCAACGAGGUGGCCAACUCCCUUGCCCGGUGGUUCAACAGCCUCUUCAGGAUCGAGCUUGCCGGCACCGCUGCCGCCACGAUGCCGGAGCUCAGAUACUCCAUUGCUAGUAACUAUAACAUCCUGACGGACAUGAUGGCAAACCCGCUGGUGGCCGGGAUCCGGGAGGUGCAGACGGCGUGCUGCGGGGCCGGGAAGUUCAUGGCGGAGAAGAUGUGCGGCGCGGAGGGCACCGGGGUGUGUGCCGAUAACCACGGCGAGUACAUGUUCUGGGACAUGCUGCACGGCACGCAGGCGACGUGUGAGCGUGGCGCCUUGGCCGUCUUCUAUGGCGCCGCGCCGAGGUAUGCUGACCCUGUCAACUUCAGCACCUUGGUGACCAUGAAGAAGAAGAAGAAGGGAUCACUGGUCGCCGAGCAGUAAAAGCGAUCGGUGAACUCGCGAUCGAUCGCAUUUGUAUAUGCAUGCACGAUAAGAUGCAUGCAUGGCCACGCGUCGCUCGCGUGAAAAUAAUAGUUGUCUGUAAGUUAUUUUUCAUGUACUGCUGGAUAUCGAUUCGUGCUAGCUGGAGAUGACGAAAGAUUUUCCUUAAAUAAUUAUGUUGAAUAAAAUGGUUUUUGAAGAUA